AUGGACAUCUUAGCAUCAGCAAUCUCUGAUGUGCCCCCGGGACCCCUGCAGUAUCACAGCUGGCCAAAUGCCAUGGUUCAGCCUGGACAGCAUCACCACGGCAUGAAGUCAGAACCCUUUCCUUUCCACUCUGGCUGCAACAACAAAAGACUCACCUUAGAAGAAGCUGAGCAAGCACGCGCAGCAUCUGUGAGCAUCGCGACCCACGGCUCGGCCAGCACUCACAUCGGCUGCCGAAGAGUCAAUGAUCUGGGUGGCUCUCAUCUCCAAGACAAAUCACGGUCCGAAAGACACUCCCCAAGUGCUGCUGGGAAGGCCUCGGCAGAGUCAGAACUGCCCUCGGGGAAGAGCAGAGGCAGGAGGAACAGGACGAGUCGGGCGAGAGCAGGCGGGAGACCCACGUGGGCCUUCGGCUGGCCCACCGGCUGGCCCACCGGCACUCCUGCUCUGCGGGUGGGCACGGCCCCAGCCCUCCGGAUGCACCCGCCUUGUCCCUCUGCUUUGGAGGGGUGGCUGUGCUGUUCUAUCUCAAAGGACAGAAGAAGGGAGAAGAACCCCAAUUUUCAGCAUUGGCUCCCCAGCUCCUGGAAAGAUGCUCAGCUGGAUAGGUGCCAGAGCAUCGGCCCCGAUGUCAGCAGCCUUAUGCUGCUCCUGGGGACCCAGGCCAAGCCAGAGACCAGCCUGGCCUCAUGGCUGAGGAGACAAGGAUGA